AUGUCAGAAUUAUGUGCAACAUGUAAUAAGACGAUUAAUUCGUCGAGGAUUAGAGCAAAGGGAAAGUUAUUCCACGAGGAAUGCUUUGUUUGCACACAAUGUCAAGUGUCAUUGGAUUGCUUCUUUUACAAGGAUGGCAAACUCUACUGCGAUACAUGUGAGGUCACUCUCUUUGCCAAGCGUUGUGACAAGUGUACCAACAUUAUACAAAACACCGUAGUCAAUGUUCGUGGAAAGAACUACCAUCCAGAUUGUUUCACAUGUCAUAGAUGUACAUCAAUCAUUAGCAAAGGAUUCCUAUAUAUUGAAGGCAACUUUGUUUGCAACAAAUGUGACGCGAGUCAUGUAGAGGGUAGUCCAUCAUUGAGUAGACCUACAUCGACACCUUCAACUCCACCUACAGUUACAAUAUCUGUAUCAGCAUCGACAGACACUUUGUCAGAAUAUCCAUAUACAUCAUCUACAACUUCUUCACCUGCAAGUUCUGCACCUUCAUCACCCGCACCAUCUAGACCGACUUCAACACAACUACAGCCACCAACACCAUCGUCAACAUCAACAUCAACAAACAAUUCACCAUCUGCUUCACCGCAGCUUUCUAGACCUUCGCGGCCAACUAGUCAACAACUUUUGCAGCCGAUCGAGAAGUUCGUACCGAUGAUCAAUGGCAAGUCCAUGCCAGAACUACUGCGACAAUACUCCUUCGAUGAUAUUCUAUCAAAUGUGCUCACCAACAAGAUCAUCGUUCACAAAGAGAUCAAGAUGGAGGAGUUACAAAUGAAUGAGGUGAUCGCCGCCGGUGCCUCUGGAAAGGUACAUCGUGGAGUCUACAAAGGAAGAGACGUUGCAAUCAAGGUAUACAGUGUCGACAAUCUCUGCUUCAGUCGAGAGGAGUUUGAUCGCGAGGUAUCAAUCAUGAGUCUUCUGAACCAUGAAUGCUUCACCGAGUUCUAUGGAGCCAACACAGAGAAUAGCAAGUGUCUGUUGCAUCUUAGUGAGUUUGUAAAGGGAGGUACUCUGCGGGACCUGCUACUCAACAAGGAUGUCCAACUGUCCUUUGUACAAAAGUUGUCAUUGGCACUGGAUGUGGCCAAUGCCAUGGAGUACCUUCAUUCGCUGGGCGUCAUCCACAGAGAUUUAAAGAGUGGAAAUGUAUUGGUCACAGAGGAGAUGAGAGCCAAGGUCAUUGACUUUGGCACCAGCAGAGCGAUCGAUCCAUCGAAGCAAAUGACACUGAAUCUAGGUACUAGUUGUUGGAUGGCACCCGAAGUGUUUAGGAAUGAACCCUACACCGAACUAUGUGACGUCUACUCCUUUGGCAUUGUACUCUGGGAGAUAUUCUGUCGCAAGGAUCCAUACGAUGGUGUCAACAGUUGGUCCAUACCAGUUAUGGUGACCAAAGGUGAGCGACCUCAAAUCCCAUCCGACUGUCCAAGUGACUAUUGUAAAUUGAUCAAAGAAUGUUGGGUGGACAAGGCAAAGAAGAGACCAAGGUUCAAGGAGAUCAAGACAAAGUUGACAAAGAUGCAUGGAAAGCUAUCAAAGACAAAGAAGUAA